UCAGUCACACGCACAGCAGAAUGCAUUUGUGUGCACUUCUGUCUCCGGACAAACCUGUCUGAGACGUCGUGAGGUUUCCUGCUCGAGUGUUGUCGAGCAGCGAAGCCCAAGAAAGGUGGAGACUCCUGCCUUAACUUCCUGCACAGUAAUCUUCAAGCACCACCAGGAGAAGCGGGGAGGCUGCUGCCUGGAGGACGAGGACGGACGGAUGGAUACACGAGCCGUUUGAAUUUUAUUUCCCUUCGAUUCAAUAGUAGUGGCGGUGUGUUUCGUACCUGGUGCGUCGCGAGCUCGCAGCAGAUAUUCCCGAACAUCUGAGGACGAGGCGGUAGGAAGGGCAGGAAUGGAAGUGGUUGUGGAGUACGAGUAUGAAGCCAACCACGAUGACGAGCUGACCCUGAAAUUGGGAGAUGUAAUCAAGAACGUGCGAUAUAUCCAAGAUGAGGAUGGCUGGAUGGAGGGGGAGCUUAAUGGAAAAAGAGGCGUGUUCCCUGAUAAUUUUGUCAAGGAAGUGAAGAAGGACACCAAAGAAGUCAAGGAAACCAAAAAUGAACCAAAAGAAGAGUCCUCGCUGCUUCAGAGGAGAGACAAAAGUGCCGGGAAUGUGGCCAACCUGGUGCAGAGGAUGAGCACCAUCGGCAUCCCAACUGGAGGCUUCCAACUUCCACCCCCAGCUCCUGCAAAGAAACCUAAGAAAAGGCAGUGCAAAGUGUUGUUCUACUACGCCCCACAGAAUGAGGAUGAGUUGGAGCUGAAAGUUGGAGAAAUUGUUGACAUUACCCAUGAGGUUGAAGAAGGCUGGUGGGGCGGCAGUGUAAACGGUAAAACAGGACUUUUCCCAUCCAACUUUGUCAAAGAGCUGGAGGCUGCUGCUGAAGAGCUGGAGUCCAAUGAUGCCCCAACAGAUGAGAUGGAUGGGAGUGCUUCAGAAAACAUUGCAAGUCCAACAACACCUCAACCAUCACCAGGAAAUGGAGUGAUCGCACAGCCCAAGAAAAUACGAGGUGUUGGUUUCGGAGACAUUUUCAAAGAAGGCUCUGUCAAACUAAAGGUUCGACUGCCCAGUCCGGAGACUGAGAGGAAGGAGAAGCCAAUCCCAUCAUUACCAUCUGCUGCAAAGCCCUCCCUUCCCAACACAACAGAGUCACACAGAACAGAUGGAGACAAACCUAAAGCAAAAGAAUUGUGUAAAGUCAACUUUCCAUUUGACGCAACAAAUGAGGAUGAACUCAGCUUGAAAGAAGGAGAUAUUAUUCAUGUAUUGAGCAAGGACACAGGAGAGCCAGGGUGGUGGCGAGGGGAAAUUGGUGGCAAAAUUGGCGUUUUCCCUGACAACUUUGUUGCCAUGAUUCCUGAGGGAGAGAAAGAGAGUGUCACAUCAAGAGGGUCAACAAAGUCUUCGCCAAGGCAGGAGUCAGAAGAGAAACCGAAGAAGCCUGUUCCUCCAUCAAAAAGCAUAGCUCCCAAACCCGAGGUCCCCAGUGCAGCAAAGAAGCCCAGCAUUAGAGUCGAAGACAGAGUUGACAAGUCAACGCCUGAUAAACCAUCCAAACCUGCAGCACCGCUUGUCCCACCUAAGAAGCCAGUCCCGCCUCCAGCCAAAGGCAAACCUGGAGGUCCUCCCAAGAGGCCGGAAAAACCUAUCACUCCUUCACAAAGUCUCAAGCACAAUGGCGAGGUGCCUUUGCGACCAAAAUCCGACUUUGAACCAUUGCUGUCCACCAAGCACAAAACCCUCUCUGGAGAUUGGGGUGAUAAAGCCCCAGACUUGGGCACAGUGAUGAGUUUUGAUGAUUUGUCAUCUACCUCAGAGAAGCUAUCUCAUCCCACUGCUAACAGACCAAAGAUGCCUGGAAGGAGACUGCCUGCACAAUUUGGUGGAGGCCAUUCGCCUAACAAGGAAGUCAAUGUGGAGAAAUCCUUCAAGGUGGAGGAGGAGUCCAACGGAGCCAAAGUAAAGCCUCCAGAAACCAAAAAGCCUUCAACAAGCCCAUUAUCUCCUUCGCCGUCACUUCAUCGACCCGGCGUGGAAAACAAGACUAACCUCGCCGCUCCAAGUUCAAGCAUAGACGGCGCCCCCCUCGGAAAAGAGGAUGCAGCCUCUCAGCUCGAGGAGCUGCGGAGCCAGAUGAAAGAGCUGGUGAUGUCCGUGGAGCUUCUCAAGACCCAGCAAAUGAAAGAGAUUGCAGAUCUGCGGGGAGAGCUGGAUGAGGAGAAGCUGAAGCGUGUGACUCUGCAGAUGGAGCUGGAGAAGCUGAAACGGAUGGUCCACUCCACGUGAAAGAAGACGUUCAAGGACAAAUAAACUCCCCGUGUUCGUAAGAUUCACAUUUUGCACAUGAAUCCUCUUCAAGCUAGAUGUAAUUAAACUACAGAUGUAUAUGUUCCUCUUUUCAUUUCCUUUUUGUUUGCCAACCCGAUAAAACAAGAGGCCUUACUUUGAACUACUGUGCUGGACUCGCUCGCCCUGCGUUCCUCCACAGUGACGGUUCGCUCUCAGUACUACUGACUAUACAAAACUGGGAAUGCUAGUUUUCAUCUUAAACACGUUCCAUGUAUUUUAUGCUGCACAAAUAGCUGAUUUUAAGUUGUAUGGAAAGUGUAUUUGCUUUCGGUUUCCUUCUUCAACCUCUCACAUUUUCUAGCGUUUGUAACCAGGGUAACACUACUGUGCCUGUCUGAGCGUCUGAAUUGGGAGAUACUUGUGACUAUUUCUAAAAAAGAAAAAAAAAAGAAAAUGUUUUUGUGUCUUUUUUAUUUUCCAGCCUCAAGUGAGAACCUCAUAUUCUGAUUUCUCUAGGCUGCAACUGUCUUUUAUAUUAUAUUAAGAAUCUGGCCUUUCAAAUGUAAAUACCGAAGUGUAAGGCUCCAUGCAUCCGCCAUCCUCGGCCACCACAUGACGGCGGAACAACCUGUAAUUGGUUUUGUGUCAUCCUCCUUUUUGUUCCCCAGUAAACAGCGACUGACCUCACACACCCUUUUAGUUUCAAAAGCACUUAAAAGACUUCUGUUUCCUUUCCAAACAACCAACAAUGUCGAGUCGGGUCGUUGGCCUCGGCUGGAAAACGGAUCAAUUCCUGAACCAAUUUGACUCCCAUUGUGCACUAUGCUCCAUUGUGUCUAUGCAAUGCUAAUGCUGCACAGAUGUUUAACCUGGUUUUCUGUUCGUGUGUUUGUCUCCACACACAUGCUGAGGUGAAGUCACAAUCCAAUCGUACUGGAGGAAUGUCAUCUCUUAUCUCCCGACUGUGACAAUCUUCGUAUUCGUCUAUGCAUUAGUUGAAUCUUGGUGGAUUAGAAUGACACUCAUCCCUGAGUCAGGGUUGAAGGGCCGUCACUGUUUACCCCAGUAUGCAACAAAUAUCUGAGAUUACAAGCGCAUGUUUUGCUUGGAGUACCCUCUUCUUAAUACUUAAAAAAAAUGCUGGGAUGGAUGCAAACAUGCCGCUAGUCAUAGCCUGGCUUGUUUCAGUCUGUCCUCAGUAAAUUAUUUAAAUAAAAGUAGCGGUUAAGACAAAAAUAAGACAUUGGUCUUUUUUUUUUUUUUCCAAGUCAAGCCCUAUAUAUUACAUUCUGACGUGUACAACUUUUUAAAAGUGGAUCCUCGUUUCUAAACCUUUGAUGGUGCUGAGAUGCUAUGAGAAUGUACAGAUUGUGAAUACACACGGGACAACUGUGUGUUUGACAAACUAUUAUUGCAUGGUUGUCUUUUUUUUUUUUUUUUUUUUUUUUUUU